AUGCCCUGCCACAACCAGCCGUUAAAUAACGUUACUACCGGCCAAGAACUGAAUUUAACUAAGCAUGUUCGGUUCGCCGCGAGCAGUAACAACAGCAGCGGCGUUCCGGUGGCGGCGGUACCGAGUUCUGAAGCGGUAGAUGAUGUAAAUAAACAGUGUGUGAACGGGCCGAAUGGUGGUGGGCUCGGCACAGACGUUUUAAACCUUGGACCUCAACUGAAACUGCUUCCUCUCAACAGUCAGAUACUAGAAUUACAGACCAUCAUCAGAGACAAGUGAGUGUUUGUCUUGGUGAUCAUGUGUGUGUGCGCUUACUCAACUCAGAGGUGGGAGGAAGAGACUGUCGCAUCAACAGGGCACAUUAUGUUUGUUCGUGUUUUGCAGGACAACCAGCAGAGGGGAUUUUGUGUUCUGUGCUGACCGACUGGUAAGAUUAUUUUAGAAGUCAUCAGCUAGCUAGAAACUACAGUAGUUAAUUGCAUGAUGAGUUGAACUGUUGAUCUUAAUCCUCAGAUCAGACUGGUGGUGGAAGAAGGACUGAACCAGCUGCCCUACUCAGAGUGCACUGUGACCACUCCUACAGGUAAUGACCCCUACUCCCUACCCCCGACCCCUACCCCCUACCCCCGACCCCCUACUCAGAGUGCACUGUGACCACUCCUACAGGUAAUGACCCCUACCCCCGACCCCCGACCCCUACUCCGACCCCCGACCCCCUACUCAGAGUGCACUGUGACCACUCCUACAGGUACUGACCCCGACCCCUACUCCCUACCCCCCGACCCCUACUCCCUACCCCCGACCCCUACUCCCUACCCCGACCCCCUACUCAGAGUGCACUUUGACCACUCCUACAGGUACUGACCUUGCUUCAUCAGCGCUUCACACACUACUUUGCAAUGAGCUGGAGGCAGUAUGCAUUUUGAAAACAUAUACUUAAUUGUUUGAAACCUGAACGUUUUAAUACAUAUAAUGAGGCAUGUCUUACCUUGUCAUGAAACCGCUUGCAUGUGCGGUCUCCUUUUGACAAUGGUGUUUUCCUGCUGUUUGCGUUAUGGAAUGAACAUUCGCGCGUAGCCUACUGCCUUGUGUGCUUAUAAUGGGAAUAGAUAAUAGCUGAUCAACAUUUUAAUCUAAACGUUCUGAUCUGUUGAUUCAGACAUAUUGCUUUUAAAGUUGUUUUUAUGUAGCUUAGGCCUACUGGUUUAUGUAGCUUAGGCCUACUGGUUGGAUGAAUUUGGGAUUUAUUACAUUUUAGUCAUUUAGCAGAUGCUCUUAUCCAGAGCGACUUACAGGAGCAAUUAGGGUUAAGUGCCUUGCUCAAGGGCACAUCGACAGAUUUUUCACCUAGUUGGCUCAGCGAUUAGAACCAGCGACCUUUCGGUUACUGGCACAACACUCUUAACCACUAAGCUACCUUAUCGUCCCAGAGUCUGUUUGGAAUAGGCUGUUUCUUUCUCAACAAGCUGACCAAUAGAAUAGGUAGCCAAAACUUUUCUACUGUAGUAGAUUAACAGGCUACUGAUUUUGCUGUUCGUUACUUGUCUUGUUGGCUGAGGGAAAGUAAAUGUGGACAAUUAUUCUGACAUGUUCAAAGUGCACAUCAGAAUUUGGCAAGAAGGACCUCAUAUCUCUGUUAAUAUGAAUUACCAUAUUCUAAAUGAUUUCUGUCAUUCUGAGAACUGUGGGUGGACGCCCUAAUCAGGUUAGUCACAAUGCAUACGGGUCCGGUACAUGCACUGUGAAUACUCCACCAGGUUAGUCCCAAUGCAUAUGGGUCCGGUACAUGCACUGUGAAUACUCCACCAGGUUAGUCCCAAUGCAUAUGGGUCCGGUACAUGCACUGUGAAUACUCCACCAGGUUAGUCCCAAUGCAUAUGGGUCCGGUACAUGCACUGUGAAUACUCCACCAGGUUAGUCCCAAUGCAUAUGGGUCCGGUACAUGCACUGUGAAUACUCCACCAGGUUAGUCCCAAUGCAUAUGGGUCCGGUACAUGCACUGUGAAUACUCCACCAGGUUAGUCCCAAUGCAUAUGGGUCCGGUACAUGCACUGUGAAUACUCCACCAGGUUAGUCCCAAUGCAUAUGGGUCCGGUAUAUGCACUGUGAAUACUCCACCAGGUUAGUCCCAAUGCAUAUGGGUCCGGUACAUGCACUGUGAAUACUCCACCAGGUUAGUCCCAAUGCAUAUGGGUCCGGUACAUGCACUGUGAAUACUCCACCAGGUUAGUCCCAAUGCAUAUGGGUCCGGUACAUGCACUGUGAAUACUCCACCAGGUUAGUCCCAAUGCAUAUGGGUCCGGUACAUGCACUGUGAAUACUCCACCAGGUUAGUCCCAAUGCAUACGGGUCCGGUACAUGCACUGUGAAUACUCCACCAGGUUAGUCCCAAUGCAUAUGGGUCCGGUACAUGCACUGUGAAUACUCCACCAGGUUAGUCCCAAUGCAUAUGGGUCCGGUACAUGCACUGUGAAUACUCCACCAGGUUAGUCCCAAUGCAUACGGGUCCGGUACAUGCACUGUGAAUACUCCACCAGGUUAGUCCCAAUGCAUAUGGGUCCGGUACAUGCACUGUGAAUACUCCACCAGGUUAGUCCCAAUGCAUAUGGGUCCGGUACAUGCACUGUGAAUACUCCACCAGGUUAGUCCCAAUGCAUAUGGGUCCGGUACAUGCACUGUGAAUACUCCACCAGGUUAGUCCCAAUGCAUAUGGGUCCGGUACAUGCACUGUGAAUACUCCACCAGGUUAGUCCCAAUGCAUAUGGGUCCGGUACAUGCACUGUGAAUACUCCCACCAGGUUAGUCCCAAUGCAUAUGGGUCCGGUACAUGCACUGUGAAUACUCCCACCAGGUUAGUCCCAAUGCAUAUGGGUCCGGUACAUGCACUGUGAAUACUCCACCAGGUUAGUCCCAAUGCAUAUGGGUCCGGUACAUGCACUGUGAAUACUCCACCAGGUUAGUCCCAAUGCAUAUGGGUCCGGUACAUGCACUGUGAAUACUCCACCAGGUUAGUCCCAAUGCAUAUGGGUCCGGUACAUGCACUGUGAAUACUCCACCAGGUUAGUCCCAAUGCAUAUGGGUCCGGUACAUGCACUGUGAAUACUCCACCAGGUUAGUCCCAAUGCAUAUGGGUCCGGUACAUGCACUGUGAAUACUCCACCAGGUUAGUCCCAAUGCAUACGGGUCCGGUACAUGCACUGUGAAUACUCCCACCAGGUUAGUCCCUUACUAUAACAUUACAUUUGCAUUUACGUCAUUUAGCAGAAGCUCUUAUCCAGAGCGACUUACAAAUUGGUUCAUUCACCUUAUAGCCAGUGGGACAACCACUUUACAAUUAUUAUUAUUAUUAUUAUUAUUAUUUGGGGGGGGGGGUUAGAAGGAUUACUUUAUCCUAUCCCAGGUAUUCCUUAAAGAGGUGGGGUUUCAAAUGUCUCCGGAAGGUGGUGAGUGACUCCGCUGUCCUGGCGUCGUGAGGGAGCUUGUUCCACCAUUGGGGUGCCAGAGCAGCGAACAGUUUUGACUGGGCUGAGCGGGAACUGUGCUUCCGCAGAGGUAGGGGAGCCAGCAGGCCAGAGGUGGAUGAACGCAGUGCCCUCGUUUGGGUGUAGGGACUGAUCAGAGCCUGAAGGUACGGAGGUGCCGUUCCCCUCACAGCUCCGUAGGCAAGCACCAUGGUCUUGUAGCAGAUGCGAGCUUCAACUGGAAGCCAGUGGAGUGUGCGGAGGAGGGGGGUGACGUGAGAGAACUUGGGAAGGUUGAACACCAGACGGACUGCAGCAUUCUGGAUGAGUUGUAGGGGUUUAAUGGCACAGGCAGGGAGCCCAGCCAACAGCGAGUUGCAGUAAUCCAGACAGGAGAUGAUAACCCCUACCCCCUAUCCCCUAUCCCCGACUGUGACCACUCCUACAGGCACUGACCCCUAACUCCUACUCCCUAUCCCCUAACCCCUACUUUGAGUGCAUUGUGACCCCUAGCCUCUACAUGCUGACCUCCAGCCUCUACAUGCUGACCCCUGACCCCUAGCCUCUACAUGCUGACCCCUAGCCUCUACAUGCUGACCCCUAGCCUCUACAUGCUGACCCCUGACCCCUAGCCUCUACAUGCUGACCCCUAGCCUCUACAUGCUGACCCCUGACCCCUAGCCUCUACAUGCUGACCCCUGACCCCUAGCCUCUACAUGCUGACCCCUAGCCUCUACAUGCUGACCCCUAGCCUCUACAUGCUGACCCCUAGCCUCUACAUGCAGACCCCUAGCCUCUACAUGCAGACCCCUAGCCUCUAGGGCGGCAGGUAGCUUAGUGGGUAAGAGCGUUGUGCCAGUAACCGAAAGGUCGCUGGUUCUAAUCCCCGAGCCAACUAGGUGAAAAAUCUGUCGAUGUGCCCUUGAGCAAGGCACUUAACCCUAAUUGCUCCUGUAAGUCGCUCUGGAUAAGAGCGUCUGCUAAAUGACAAAAAAAUAAAAUAAAAAAUAAAUAAAAAUACAUGCUAACCCCUAGCCUCUACAUGCUGACCCCUGACCCCUAGCCUCUACAUGCUGACCCCUAGCCUCUACAUGCUGACCCCUAGCCUCUACAUGCUGACCCCUGACCCCUAGCCUCUACAUGCUGACCCCUGACCCCUAGCCUCUACAUGCAGACCCCUAGCCUCUACAUGCUAACCCCUAGCCUCUACAUGCUAACCCCUAGCCUCUACAUGCAGACCCCUAGCCUCUACAUGCAGACCCCUAGCCUCUACAUGCUAACCCCUAGCCUCUACAUGCUAACCCCUAGCCUCUACAUGCAGACCCCUAGCCUCUACAUGCUGACCCCUAGCCUCUACAUGCUGACCCCUAGCCUCUACAUGCUGACCCCUAGCCUCUACAUGCUGACCCCUGACCCCUAGCCUCUACAUGCUGACCCCUAGCCUCUACAUGCUAACCCCUAGCCUCUACAUGCAGACCCCUAGCCUCUACAUGCUGACCCCUAGCCUCUACAUGCUGACCCCUAGCCUCUACAUGCUGACCCCUAGCCUCUACAUGCUGACCCCUAGUCUCUACAUGCUGACCCCUAGCCUCUACAUGCUGACCCCUGACCCCUAGCCUCUACAUGCUGACCCCUAGCCUCUACAUGCUGACCCCUAGUCUCUACAUGCUGACCCCUGACCCCUAGCCUCUACAUGCUGACCCCUAGCCUCUACAUGCUGACCCCUAGCCUCUACAUGCUGACCCCUAGCCUCUACAUGCUGACCCCUGACCCCUAGCCUCUACAUGCUGACCCCUAGCCUCUACAUGCUGGCCCCUAGCCUCUACAUGCUGACCCCUAGCCUCUACAUGCUGACCCCUAGCCUCUACAUGCUGACCCCUAGCCUCUACAUGCUGACCCCUAGCCUCUACAUGCUGACCCCUAGCCUCUACAUGCUGACCCCUGAUCCCUAGCCUCUACAUGCUGACCCCUAGCCUCUACAUGCUGACCCCUAGCCUCUACAUGCUGACCCCUAGGCUCUACAUGCUGACCCCUAGCCUCUACAUGCUGACCCCUGACCCCUAGCCUCUACAUGCUGACCCCUGACCCCUAGCCUCUACAUGCUGACCCCUAGCCUCUACAUGCUGACCCCUAGCCUCUACAUGCUGACCCCUAGCCUCUACAUGCUGACCCCUGACCCCUAGCCUCUACAUGCUGACCCCUGACCCCUAGCCUCUACAUGCUGACCCCUGACCUCUAGCCUCUACAUGCUGACCCCUGACCCCUAGCCUCUACAUGCUGAUCCCUAGCCUCUACAUGCUGACCCCUGACCCCUAGCCUCUACACACCUACAUGCUGCUGCUUCUGAUGAUAACAUUCAGCUUCAUCUCUCUCCAGGACACAUGUAUGAAGGUGUAAAGUUUGAAAGAGGUAACUGUGGAGUCAGCAUCAUGAGGAGUGGUGAGUCAAAGACAAGCAACCUUUAUGGUAUCCUCUCUACUGAAACAGAUGAUGUUCUGCUUCUUUCAAGUUCUUUCACAUAACUAACCUCUGCAGGGACCUGUGUCUGUCCAUCCUUCAGGUGAGGCCAUGGAGCAGGGUCUGAGGGACUGCUGUAGGUCCAUCCGCAUCGGGAAGAUCCUGAUCCAGAGUGAUGAAGAGACCCAGGAGGCUAAGGUCUACUAUGCUAAGUUCCCCCCAGACAUAAACAGGAGGAAGGUGCUGCUCAUGUACCCCAUACUGAGUAAGUAAAAACAUCCUGCUCUGUCAAAGGGGAAGAUAUUACAGAUGUCUUGAAUGUUAGGGGCAUUUCUCCUAAUCUUGGAGUAUUUUUAGCCAAGCAAAUAGUGAAAAUGGUGAAAAAGUGUCCUGUUGUUAACAUGUCGUCAUUAACUUUAGACAAAUACAGUCAGCUGAUCAAAUUCAGUCAGUCAGUCAGUCCACCCCCUCAUUGCCCCAGAAGGUUAUGACAGCUUCUGGUCCCAUAACAGACAAAAAUGACAUUUGUGGUGGUUUUAAUAACCGUUUGCCCUCAGCUGGCCCACCUACUUGAAAUAAUGGUUUCUGAAAAUACCUCAAGUUCCACUAGAGGGAGUCCUUUAUUCACCUCUAAACAUACAACAGAGAACCACUAGAGGGAGUCCUUUAUUCACCUCUAAACAUACAACAGAGAACCACUAGAGGGAGUCCUUUAUUCACCUCUAAACAUACAACAGAGAAUGAUGCCCCUCUAGGCACUCCAAAAAAAAUAAUUUCAACCAUUUUAUGUCAAUGAUGUACUAAGUGCCUUGAGCUGAUCUGCUUGAUCCCUUUUUACUGUAGAUUUAACAUUGCUUCUGGUGCCUCUGGUCUCUACCGCCCAAUCCCUACGCUCUGGUCUCUACCGCCCAAUCCCUACGCUCUGGUCUCUACCGUCCAAUCCCUACGCUCUGGUCUCUACCGCCCAAUCCCUACGCUCUGGUCUCUACGCCAAUCCUACGCUCUGGCUCUACCGCCCAAUCCCUACGCUCUGGUCUCUACCGCCCAAUCCCUACGCUCUGGUCUCUACCGCCCAAUCCCUACGCUCUGGUCUCUACCGCCCAAUCCCUACGCUCUGGUCUCUACCGCCCAAUCCCUACGCUCUGGUCUCUACCGCCCAAUCCCUACGCUCUGGUCUCUACCGCCCAAUCCCUACGCUCUGGUCUCUACCGUCCAAUCCCUACGCUCUGGUCUCUACCGCCCAAUCCCUACGCUCUGGUCUCUACCGCCAAUCCCUACGCUCUGGUCUCUACCGCCAUCCCUACGCUCUGGUCUCUACGCCCAAUCCCUACGCUCUGGUCUCUACCGCCCAAUCCCUACGCUCUGGUCUCUACCGCCCAAUCCCUACGCUCUGGUCUCUACCGCCCAAUCCCUACGCUCUGGUCUCUACCGCCCAAUCCCUACGCUCUGGUCUCUACCGCCCAAUCCCUACGCUCUGGUCUCUACCGCCAAUCCCUACGCUCUGGUCUCUACCGCCCAUCCACGCUCUGGUCUCUACCGUCCAAUCCCUACGCUCUGGUCUCUUACCGUCCAAUCCCUACGCUCUGGUCUCUACCGUCCAAUCCCUACGCUCUGGUCUCUACCGCCCAAUCCCUACGCUCUGGUCUCUACCGCCCAAUCCCUACGCUCUGGUCUCUACCGCCCAAUUUCUAAACUCUCUUGCCUUGCAAACAUAUUAGAAUCACUGGCAAACUCUCAGCUAAUAACUUUUUAAACUUCGAAUUAUAUUCUUAAAGUGCAACAGUCUAGUUUUAGACCUGCACAUACAGUGCAUUCGGAAAGUAUUCAGACCGCUUGACUUUUCCCACAUUUUGUUACAUUACAGCCUUAUUCUAAGAUGGAUUAAAUAGUUUUUUCCCCCUCAUCAAACAACACACAAUACCCCAUAAUGACAAAGCAAAAACAGGUUUUUAGAAAUUGUUUCAAAUGUAUAAAAAAAAAACCUGAAAUAUCACAUUUACAUAAGUAUUCAGACCCUUUACUCAGUACUUUGUUGAAGCACCUUUGGCAGCGAUUACAGCCUUGAGUCUUCUUGGGUAUGACGCUACAAGCUUAGCACACCUGUAUUUGGGGAGUUUCUCCCAUUCAUCUCUUCAGAUCCUCUCAAGCUCUGUCAGGUUGGAAGGGGAGCGUCGCUGCACAGCUAUUUUCAGGUCUCUCCAGAGAUGUUCGAUCGGGUUCAAGUCCGGGCUCUGGCAGGGCCACUCCAUAAGAGCGGCACUACAGUCUGAAGGCAGCCAUGGUUUGGUUCAGUGAGAAACAUGCAAUCAACUUGCUCUAACAUUUAAAAGUGCCAUAUUCUCUGCCUAGAGGGAACCAAUGGAAUAGCAACCUAAUUAUUAACGUUACAACCACGUUUUCUGACAGUCUCCAAUCUAUCAGAAUGGUAGAUGAGUUUGUAUAAACUCACUAGAAGACUGAGUUAAAGGAACAUAAAUGAAGUUACUCACAAUAAGCAUAGUGCCAUUUCUACAGGAGUUGAUAUGGUUUCCGAGUCCUCUGUUGGUUAUUCUGACAGGGAGAACUGGAGCACUACCGGACCCUAUCCAUCAGUCUCUAAAACAGUUUGAUGUUGCUGGAAAUAAUCCUGGAACCCCCUGCGGUUAGGGAGAAUCCCGUCUCUUGUAUGCUGUUUUCUAAUUCUCAUAGAAAUAUUUCAGAUGGCUUAUACAUUUAUUCAUUGGAUAUCUGGGCUUUUGGAUUGAUAAUAAUUUGACUUUUAAACAACAUAUGGAUGAGCUAGUUAAAAAGCCAAGAUUUAAAGUAGGCUUAUUUAUAGAAAUAGAUCUUGCUUCUCCCUGAACAGCAGGAAGCAGAUUGUACAGUCAACUUUCCUGCCAGUUCUUGACUAUGGUGACUCCAUUUACCAGAAUGCCGCAGCCAGUAUUAUUAAACCAUUGGAUGCCGUCUACCGUAGCGCCCUUUGCUUUGUCUCAGGUGACGGUUUUAAUCCUCAUCACUGCAUCAGAAGGUUGGCUGGACCUCUCUAAAGUCCCAUAGAUCACUUCAUUACUCCCUAUUUAUUUACAAAUCUCUGCUAUACAAGCUUCCAACAUAUUCAACUUCUCUGUUAAAGUAGAAAAAUACAAGGCACCAAACCUGCUCACAGUUAACUCUUGAGGUCCCUCGUGUCUCUACCAACCUAGGUAAAUCAGCCUUUAGUUUUAACACCCCCCAUGUUUGGUAUCAUUUACAAACCUCAUUACAUCUUGAAUCCCUGGUGCCAAUAGGGCACUUUAGAACGCUAAUGAGGAAUGAACUCACUGAGGUUUGCGUGUGUUUUGGUUGAUUGUGAUAAUAUGUGUUGUUGAAACUUAGUGUAUCUUGUGGUUUCUUUUUUGCUGUUUUAUUGAUUAUCAUGUUGAUUUGGGAAUUGUUUGUUCUCAGGGCACCAUUGAGAAUGAGACCCUGGUCUCGAUUGGGCUCCCCUGAAUAAAUAAAAGUUACAUUUAAAAGUCAGUCAGCCAGUCAACCAGUUGAACACUUUGCUUUCGGUUGGAAAACAGCACGGGGGGUGCGGGGUUUGUGAAAAUGACCUUUUCCUCCUCAUCUCUGUAUGGUUCAGUCCCCUUCAUUCAGCCUCCGUCUAGAAUUACAGUCCUCUAGGCUAAAUUAGUUAGUACUGCUGCUAGAUCCAGACAUCAUGAUGACCAGUACUGAUGCUAGAUCCAGACAUCAUGCUACCAGAUAUACAGUGGGGGAAAAAAGUAUUUAGUCAGCCACCAAUUGUGCAAGUUCUCCCACUUAAAAAGAUGAGAGAGGCCUGUAAUUUUCAUCAUAGGUACACGUCAACUAUGACAGACAAAUUGAGAAAAAAAAAUCCAGAAAAUCACAUUGUAGGAUUUUUAAUGAAUUUAUUUGCAAAUGAUGGUGGAAAAUAAGUAUUUGGUCACCUACAAACAAGCAAGAUUUCUGGCUCUCACAGACCUGUAACUUCUUCUUUAAGAGGCUCCUCUGUCCUCCACUCGUUACCUGUAUUAAUGGCACCUGUUUGAACUUGUUAUCAGUAUAAAAGACACCUGUUCACAACCUCAAACAGUCACACUCCAAACUCCACUAUGGCCAAGACCAAAGAGCUGUCAAAGGACACCAGAAACAAAAUGGUAGACCUGCACCAGGCUGGGAAGACUGAAUCUGCAAUAGGUAAGCAGCUUGGUUUGAAGAAAUCAACUGUGGGAGCAAUUAUUAGGAAAUGGAAGACAUACAAGACCACUGAUAAUCUCCCUCGAUCUGGGGCUCCACACAAGAUCUCACCCCGUGGGGUCAAAAUGAUCACAAGAACGGUGAGCAAAAAUCCCAGAACCACACGGGGGGACCUAGUGAAUGACCUGCAGAGAGCUGGGACCAAAGUAACAAAGCCUACCAUCAGUAACACACUACGCCGCCAGGGACUCAAAUCCUGCAGUGCCAGACGUGUCCCCCUGCUUAAGCCAGUACAUGUCCAGGCCCGUCUGAAGUUUGCUAGAGUGCAUUUGGAUGAUCCAGAAGAGGAUUGGGAGAAUGUCAUAUGGUCAGAUGAAACCAAAAUAGAACUUUUUAGUAAAAACUCAACUCGUUGUGUUUGGAGGACAAAGAAUGCUGAGUUGCAUCCAAAGAACACCAUACCUACUGUGAAGCAUGGGGGUGGAAACAUCAUGUUUUGGGGCUGUAUUUCUGCAAAGGGACCAGGACGACUGAUCCGUGUAAAGGAAAGAAUGAAUGGGGCCAUGUAUCGUGAGAUUUUGAGUGAAAACCUCCUUCCAUCAGCAAGGGCAUUGAAGAUGAAACGUGGCUGGGUCUUUCAGCAUGACAAUGAUCCCAAACACACCGCCCGGGCAACGAAGGAGUGGCUUCGUAAGAAGCAUUUCAAGGUCCUGGAGUGGCCUAGCCAGUCUCCAGAUCUCAACCCCAUAGAAAAUCUUUGGAGGGAGUUGAAAGUCCGUGUUGCCCAGCGACAGCCCCAAAACAUCACUGCUCUAGAGGAGAUCUGCAUGGAGGAAUGGGCCAAAAUACCAGCAACAGUGUGUGAAAACCUUGUGAAGACUUACAGAAAACGUUUGACCUGUGUCAUUGCCAACAAAGGGUAUAUAACAAAGUAUUGAGAAACUUUUGUUAUUGACCAAAUAAUUAUUUUCCACCAUAAAUUUGCAAAUAAAUUCAUAAAAAAUCCUACAAUGUGGUUUUCUGGAGAAAAAAAAAUUCUCAUUUUGUCUGUCAUAGUUGACGUGUACCUAUGAUGAAAAUUACAGGCCUCUCUCAUCUUUUUAAGUGGGAGAACUUGCACAAUUGGUGGCUGACUAAAUCCUUUUUUCCCCCCACUGUAGAUGUAGAUCAGACAUGGUGUUAUAAUGGCCACACGGUAACGACCUACUUCUGUCUGUCACCAUGCCAACCAGCAGGUCACUUGCAAGCCACAGGACUAGGCAUUAGCUCAGGGAGCUUACACGCCAGGGUUGUGGGUUCGAUUCCCACGGGGGCCAGUAUGAAAAAAAUUAUGUAUGCACUCACUAACUGUAAGUCGCUCUGGAUAAGAGCGUCUGCUAAAUGACUAAAAUGUAACAAGUCUUCAGGUCUCAGACAAGGUUACUCAUCAUGCAAACAACGUGUGUGUGUGUCCAGGUACAGGUAACACGGUGAUCGAGGCGGUGCAGGUGUUGAUAGAACAUGGACUCCAACCCAAACACAUCAUCCUCCUCUCUCUCUUCUCCACCCCACACGGUAGGUAACACUCUCCUCCUCUCCAUCCCUCCCCUCCUCGCCAAUCUUCAUCCUCCUUUCCCAUCUCUACUCCUCGUCCAUCUCUCCGCCUCUCCACCCUCCUCCUCUCCAUCCCUCCUCCUCUCCUCCUCUCUAUCCCUCCUCCUCUCCAUCCCUCCUCCUCUCCUCUCCUCCUCUCCAUCUCUCCUCCUCUCCAUCCCUCCUCCUCUCCUCCUCUCCAUCCCCUCCCUCCUCCUCCCUCCUCUCUCAUCCCUCCUCCCUCUCCAUCCCCUCUCCUCUUCUCCUCUCCAUCCCUUCCGUCCUCUCCUCCUCUCCUCCUCUCCCUCCUCUCCAUCUCUCCUCCCUCCUCCUCCAUAUCCCCCUCCUCUCCAUCUCUCUCCUCUCCUCCUCUCUAUCCCUCCUCCUCUUCCAUCCCUUCCCUCCUCCUCCUCCUCUCCUCCUCUCCAUCCCUCCUCCUCUCCAUCUCUCCUCCUUUCCAUCUCUCCUCCUCUCCAUCUCUCCUCCUCUGUCCAUACCUCCUCUCUCCAUCCCUCUCCUCUCCACUCCUCCUCCUCUCCAUCCCUCCUCCUCUCCUCCUCGCUAUCCCUCCUCCUCUCAUCCCUCCUCCUCUCCAUCCUCAUCCUCCUCUCUCCCUCCCUCCUCUCUAUCCUCCUCCCUCUCCUCCCUAACAUCCUCCUCCAUCUCUCCUCCUCUCCUCCUCUCUACCCUCCUCCUCUCCAUCCCUCCUUCCUCUCCUCCUCUCCUCCUCUCCCUCCUCCUCUCCUCCUCUCCAUCUCCCUCCUCUCCUCUCUCCAUCCUCCUCCUCUCCAUCCCUCCUCCUCUCCUCCUCUCCUCCUCUCCAUCUCUCCUCCUCUCCAUCCCUCCUCCUCUCCUCCUCUCUAUAUCCCUCCUCCUCUCCAUCCCUCCUCCUCUCCUCCUCUCCUCCUCUCCAUCCCUCCUCCUCGCCAUCCUCCUCCCCUGCCUCUCCAUCCUCCUCCUCUCCUCCUCCUCUCCUCUCCAUCCAUCCUCCUCUCCUCCUCCCAUCUCUUCCUCCUCUCCUCCCUCUCCUCCUCCCUCUCUCCAUCUCUCUCCUCUCCGCCCUCUCCAUCUCUCUCUCCUCUCCAUCCCUCCUCUACUCUCCUCUCUCUCCCUCCUCCUCCUCUUCCUCCUCUCCCUCUCUCCUCCUCUCCUCCUCUCCCCUCUCCUCCUCUUCCAUCCCUCCUCCUCUCCUCUCUCCUCCUCUCCAUCUCUGCCUCCUCGCCUCCUCUCUAUCCCUCCUCCUCUCCAUCCCUCCCCUCCUCUCCUCCUCUCCUCUCACUCCUCUCCAUCCCUCCUCCUCUCCUCCUCUCCAUCCCUCCUCCUCUCCUCCUCUCAUCUCUCUCCUCCUCCUCCUCUCCUCCUCUCCUCUCUCUAUCCUCCUCCUCUCGAUCCCUCCUCCUCUCCAUCCCCCCUCUCUCCUCCCUCCUCUCCUCCUCUCCUCCUCUACCAUCUCUCCUCCUCUCCUCCUCUACCAUCUCUCCUCCCUCCUCUCUUUUCUAUCCCCUCCUCCUCGUCGUCCUCCUCUCCAUCCCUCCUCCUCUCCUCCUCUCCCUCUCCUCCUCUCCAUCUCUCUCCUCCUGCUCCUUCCUCUCCAUCUCUCCUCCGUCUCCUCCUCUCCAUCAUCCCUCCUCCUCCUCUAUCCCUCCUCCUCUCCAUCCCUCCUCUCCUCUCUCCUCUCCUCCUCUUCCUCACUCUCCACUCUCUCCUCUUCCUCCUCUCCAUCUUCUCCCCUCCUCUCCUCCUCUCUAUCCCUCCUCCUCUCCCUCCAUCUCUCCCUCUCCUCCGCUCCUCCUCCCAUCUCUCCUCCCUCUCCUCCUCUCUAUCCUCCUCCUCGUCCAUCCCUCCUCCUCUCCAUCCUCCUCCUCUCCUUUCCUCCUCUCCUCCUCUCCAUCCCUCCCUCCGCAUCCUCCUCUCCUCCUCUCCUCCCUUCUCCAUCUCUCUCCUCUCCUCCUCUCCAUCCCUCCUCCUCCUCCAUCCCGCCUCCUCUCCAUGCCCUCCCCUCUCCAUCCCUCCUCCUCUCCAUCCUCCUCCUCUCCUCCUCCUCCUCCUCUCCUCCUCCCCUCUCCUCCUCUCUAUCCCUCCUCCUCUCCUCCCUCUCUCUCCAUGCUCCUCCUCCUCUCCCUUCCCGUCCUCCGCUCCUCCUCUCCUCCUCUCCAUCUCUCCUCCUCUCCAUCCUCCUCCUCCUCCUCCUCUCCAUCCCUCCUCCUCUACCAUCUCUCCUGCCGUCUCCAUCCUCCUCCUCUCACGCAUCCAUGCCUCUCUAUCCCUCCUCCUCUCCUCCUCUUCAUCCCUCUCCUCCCUACUCCUCUCCCUCCCUCCUCCUGCUCCAUCCCUCCUCCUCUCCUCCUCCCAUCCCUCCUCCCUCUCCAUCCUCUCCUCUCUCCUCCUCUCCAUCCUCCGCCUCUCCUCCUCUCCAUCCCUCCUCCUCUCCUCCUCAUCCAUCUCUCUCCUCUCCAUCCUCCUCCUCAUCCUCCUCUCCUCUCUCUCUCUCCUCUCCAUCCCUCCUCCUCUCCUCUCCAUCUCUCCUCCCUCCAUCCCCGCUCCUCCUCUCCAUCUUCCCUCUCCUCCUUCUAUCCCUCCCCUCUCCUCCUCUCCAUCCCUCCCUCCUCUCCUCCUCUCCAUCCCUCCUCCUCUCCAUCUCUCCUCCUCUCCUCCUCUCCAUCCUCUCCUCCUCUCCAUCCCUCCUCCUCUCCUCCUCCUCCUCCUCCUCCCUCUCCAACCCGUCCUCCUCUCCUCCUCUUCCCUCCUCUCCAUCCCUCCUCCUCUCCUCCUCUCCAUCUCUCCUCCUCUCCAUCCCUCCUCCUCUCCUCCCUCCUCCUCUCCAUCCCUCCUCCUCUCCUCCUUCCAUCUCUCCUCCCUCCAUCCCGCCUCCUCUCCAUCCUCUCCUCUCCAUCCUCCUCCUCUCUAGAUCCCUCCCCUCCUCUCCAUCCUCCAUCCCUCCUCCUCUCCCCUCGUCCAAUCCCUCCUCCUCUCCACCCCCCUCCUCUUCCUCUCUCCAUCCCUCCUCCUCUCCUCUCCAUCUCUCCUCCUCUCUCCUCCUCUCCCCCCUCCUCCCUCCUCUCCAUCCCUCCCUCCUCUCCCCCCUUCCUCCUCUCCUCCUCUCACACUCCUUCCUCUCUCCAUCCCUCCUCCUCUCCUCCUCUCCCUCUCUCCUCCUCUCCAUCCUCCUCCUCUCUCCAUCCCUCCUCCUCUCCAUCCCUCCUCCUCGCACAUAACACACAUCACUCCAAUCUCUAUACCCUCCUCCUCUCCUCCUCUUUCCUCCCUCCUCCUCUCCUCCUCUCCAUCCCUCCUCCUCUCCAUCUCUCCUCCUCUCUCCCAUCCCUCCUCAUCUCCUCCUCUCCUCCUCUCCUCCCCUCCUCCUCUCCAUCCCUCCUCCUCUCCUCUUCCUCCUCUCCUCCUCUCCCCCUUCAUCACUCCUCCUCUCCUCCCUCCUCCUCUCCAUCUCUCCUCCUCUCAUCCUCUCUCCUCCUCCAUCCCUCCUCCUCUUCCUUCUCUCCUCCUCUCCUCCCCUCCUCCUCUCCAUCCCUCCUCCUCUCCUCUUCCAUCUCUCCUCCUCUCCUCCUCUUCAUCCCUCCUCCUCUCCUCCUCUUCAUCCCUCCUCCUCUCCUCCUCUCCAUCCCUCCUCCUCUCCUCUCCAUCUCUCCAUCCCUCCACUGUCUCUCACUAUAACCCCUCCUUUCUCUACUCCUCUCUCUAUGAGCCAAGGCCAUCCUCCAAGCGUUCCCAACAGCACCCUGCUCACCACAGAGCUCACCCCGUCGCCCCCACCCACCAACUCACUUUGGACAGAAGUACUUCGGCACAGAAUGACAAACCCACACCAGACAAGACCACACCAGACAAGACCACACCAGACAAGACCACACCAGACAAACCCACACCAGACAAGACCACACCACACAUCCCUAAGACAGUCAGAUAAUCACUGUGAUCAUUUUUUACAAACGCUAAACUGUUUAGAUGUGAUGCUAGUGACAGUCAUAUAACACCAUUAUCUACAGUAUGUGUUAUUAUCUGAUGUGAUGCUAGUGUACAUCUCCCACUGUUCCUCCCCCUCUACUCUCCUCAUUCCCAACACACUGUCCCUCCCCCUCUACUCUCUCUCUCCCACUGUCCCUCCCCCUCUACUCUCUCCCUCCCACUGUUCCUCCCCCUCUACUCUCUCCCUCCCACUGUUCCUCCCCCUCUACCCUCUCCCACUGUUCCUCCCCCUCUACUCUCUCUCUCCCACUGUUCCUCCCCCUCUACUCUCUCCCUCCCACUGUUCCUCCCCUCUACUCUCUCCCCACUGUUUCCUCCCCCUCUACGCUUCUCCCCUGUUCCUCCCCUCCCCCUCGUACUCUCUCCCACGUCCUCCCCCUCUACUACUCUCUCCCACUUUCCUCCCCCUUACUAUCUCGCCCACUGUUCCUUCCUCCCCCUCUACUCUCUCUCUCUCUCCUCCUCCCACUGGCCCUCCCCUCUACUCUCUCCCACUGUUCCUCCCCCUCUACUCUCUCUCUCUCUCCCACUGUUCCUCCCCCUCUACUCUCUCCCACUUUUCUCCCCCUCUACUCUCUCCACUGUUCCUCCCCCCUCUACUCUUCCCACUGUUCCCUCCCCCUCUACUCCUCUCUCUCUCUCCCACUGUUCCUCCCCUCUACUCUCUCCCAAUGUUCCUCCCCCUCUAACUACUCUCCUCCCCCACUGGUCCCCUCCCCCUCUACGCUCCUCCCACUGAUUCCUGUUCUCCCCCCUCUACUCUCUCUCUCUCUCCCACUGUUUUCCUCCCCCUCUACUCUCUCUCUCUCUCUCCCACUGGGCCCUCCCCCUCUCUCUCUCUCCCACUUUUUCCUCCCCCUCUACUCUCUCUCUCUCGUCCCCCGUUCCUCCCCCUCUACUCUCUCUCCUCCCUCCCACUGUUCCUCCCCCUCUACUCUCUCCCACUGUUCCUCCCCCUCUACUCUCUACCACUGUUUCCUCCCCCUCUCUCUCUCCCAGCUGGUUUUCCUCCCCUCUACUCUCCUCUCCCACUGUCCCUCCCCUCUACUCCUCCACUGUUCCUCCCCCCUCUACUUCUCUCCCCUGUCCCUCCCCCUCUCUCCCCAAUGUUCCUCCCCCUCUUCCUCUCUCCCAACUGUCCCUCCCCACUCACUCUCUCCACUGUUCCUCCCCCUCACUCUCCUCCACUGUGCCUCCCCCUCACUCUCUCUCUCCCACUGUUCCUCACCCCUCUAACUCUCUCCCACUAUGCCUCCCCCUCUACCUCUCUCCCUCCCACUGUUCCUCCCCUCUACUCUCUCACUCUCGCCCUCCCACUGCCUCCCCCUCUACUCUCUCCCACUGUUCCUCCCCCUCUACUCUCUCCCACUGUUCCUCCCCCUCUACUCUCUCCCACUGUCCCUCCCCCUCUAACUCUCUCCCUUCCCUACUGUUCCCUCCCCCCUUACUCUCUCUCCCACUGUUCCUCCCCUCUACUCUCUAGCCUCCCACUGUUCCUCCCCCUCUCUCUCUCCCUCCCAUGUUCCUCCCCCUCUCACUCUCUAACUCUCUCGCCACUGUUCCUCCCCCUCUACGCUCUCCACGUCCCUCCCCCUCUACUACUCUCCCACUGUUCCUCCCCCCACUCUCCCACUGGUCCUCCCCCUAACUCUCUCCCACUUCCUCCCCCUCACUUACUUCUCCCACUGGUCCUCCCCCACUCUCAUGCCUCCCCAACCCCAAAUGCACCCCAACAUCGUCACAAACCCCACAUCUACUAAUCGCCCCCCACUGUUCACCCCCCCUACUCUCUCUCUCCCUCCCACUGGUUCCUCCCCCCUACUCUCUCUCUCCCUCCCACUGUUCCUCCCCCUCUACUCUCUCAUCUCCCUCCCACUGUUCCUCCCCCUCUACUCUCUCUCUCCCUCCCACUGUUCCUCCCCCUCUACUCUCUCUCCCACUGUGCCUCCCCUCCUCUCCUUCUCUCCCACUGUUCCUAAUGCCCCCCUCUCUCCAAAAUGUCCUUCACAUGGUCAGUAACUAUUCUGACAGAUUGUCGAAAUACUGCCCAAAACAUCGCCUUAAUGUUGCCGCAGAAACAUCUUGACCUCAAAGUGAAUGUAUUGAUUAACUACUUAGGUACAGGGAUAAUGAAGGAUUCAGAGCUCUAUUCAAUCUGGAUCACUGAAACAGGUACAGGGAUAAUGAAGGAUUCAGAGCUCUAUUCAAUCUGGAUCACUGAAACAGAGGGUGCAAUCUCCGCCAACAUGGGAACAUUGCCUUUAAAUUUCAAUGAGGCAUUAGUGCUGAACUUCCGCGAUACGGAUUGAAUAGAGGCCUUACGCCAACAGUUUAGAUAUGAAACCUUGUAUCGGUUUAUUUGACAGAUUUAUCCACAAUCAUGUGUGUACGACUCAGGUAAACAGAGAGUGAUUGUGUUGAUUUAUUUUACUCCUGUUGGAAUGAUGAAUAAAACAGGAACCAGAAGUGAUCAGGCGUAAAAGUUAAUUUCAGUAUCAGUCAGUAUGAUGAUCAGCAACAUAGUACUGUACAUGGAUCAGUCAGUAUGAUGAUCAGCAACAUAGUACUGUACAUGGAUCAGUCAGUAUGAUGAUCAGCAACAUAGUACUGUACAUGGAUCAGUCAGUAUGAUGAUCAGCAACAUAGUACUGUACAUGGAUCAGUCAGUAUGAUGAUCAGCAACAUAGUACUGUACAUGGAUCAGUCAGUAUGAUGAUCAGCAACAUAGUACUGUACAUGGAUCAGUCAGUAUGAUGAUCAGCAACAUAGUACUGUACAUGGAUCAGUCAGUAUGAUGAUCAGCAACAUAGUACUGUACAUGGAUCAGUCAGUAUGAUGAUCAGCAACAUAGUACUGUACAUGGAUCAGUCAGUAUGAUGAUCAGCAACAUAGUACUGUACAUGGAUCAGUCAGUAUGAUGAUCAGCAACAUAGUACUGUACAUGGAUCAGUCAGUAUGAUGAUCAGCAACAUAGUACUGUACAUGGAUCAGUCAGUAUGAUGAUCAGCAACAUAGUACUGUACAUGGAUCAGUCAGUAUGAUGAUCAGCAACAUAGUACUGUACAUGGAUCAGUCAGUAUGAUGAUCAGCAACAUAGUACUGUACCAUGGAUCAGUCAGUAUGAUGAUCAGCAACAUAGUACUGUACAUGGAUCAGUCAGUAUGAUGAUCAGCAACAUAGUACUGUACAUGGAUCUGUUGGAGUCAGUCAGAGUAACACCAGUUAACUCCUGA